GGCGCUGCGUGCGGCUACGUAAACGCGACAUUCUCACAGAUACGUUCAUCUCGCUUGGUGCUCUUCGUUCCCUGUCUUCUUCAUUAUUAUUUUUUCUGUCGGCAGCUCACCUCAUGAGCGGGUGCGUUCUGACGUUCGCCGCGCUUGUGCAUUGACUUCCACCACGGCGUACAACUCCUCGAUGAGUUCGCACACGAUCGUCUGCAGCUCUCGAUGGGCGCGGCACGAGGUGACGCAGACGCUGCUCCAGCGCCGCAUUGGGGUAGAGGUCAACAGCGGCCUUCACUACUGCGACUUUGUUUGUGGGGCAUCCUCGGUGCUCUACUACGAACUGCAAAGCGCCGAGGCCCACCGCGACCAGGCCCUCAUCGUCUCCCGCCUUGCAGAGGCGCGACGGCAGUGUGGCACGCAACCCGUCAUCUUGAUGGUCUGGAUGACCAAUCCCGAGCCGUCUCUGGAGGUGCUGUCGUGGCUCAACUUGGAGUGCGGCGUCGCCCAGCAAUGCGGCUUGCUGCUCGUGUGGAGCGUGGAGGACGUCGUGCAGUUUCUCGCCAGCCUCGUUGCUUCUGCUGUCACGUCACUCGAGUUCAGUGUCGCUGCCCAUCAGGAUGUGCGUGACGCCCCACUGCCGGUGCUCAUCGACGCUCUCACACAAACCCCGCAAAUCGUCACCCGUAACGACGUCGUGCGCAUUGCGAACCGCAAAACGUGCCUGGCCGAUGUGUUGAUGAGUGAGGCGGGGGAUUGGGAGGGCAUAGCGGGGUUGGGGCACAAGAAGGCGACGCGCCUGCAGCACCUCUUUCGGAUGCCUUUCCUCUCUUCGCAGCAAACUGUCGAGUCGUUCAUCAACAACGGCGACGCGCAGGACAGCUUUAGAAGUGCCUCCUUUGCGGCAGCGCCAGCGGUAAACUCGACUGAGAUACUGGUGUUACCUUCUGCAGACGACGAACGUCUUGCGCCAGCGCUUUCAUCAAAUCAGGAAAGCGGUUCAACCACUCUUGGAAAGGAUGGCAUGCUGCAGGCCUUACAACGCAAACGCGACGAAGAGGACGCUGAGGACGUCUAG